AUGAAGAAACUCAGUACUGCGUCCGUCUCGCUGGCCGUUACGCCGACCGUCGUGACCACCCUGUUCUCACAUGCAAGUCUCACAAUCUCCAGCACUUGGAUCGGCCACGUUGUGACUUGUGAUUCCUGGACUGACGAGACGAAAUCACAGUACCUCCACAGAAAGCAUUUCAGAGAGCAACCGACGGCCCACCUGUCGUACGAUCAAGGGUUACAUCUGAUCCGCUCGUUUCUCGAGUUCGCCUCACACCAUACCGUCGAGGAACUCCAGGCGUUUACCUCGCAAUCGGUGCCGUGCCCGCAAUGGGUCAAGGCUGACGAGGCCGUCGUUUCCGACGAGCAGCUCACCCGAUCGGCCGAUCUUCUCCAGGCCCACCUUGGGCCUGAUGGCAUCCGUCAAGUUGGCGGCAAGGGUUGGUGGCAGUGGAGGAAGCCCAAGUCAUCGCUGCAGGCCGAGUGGAUCGAGAUGCGAUCGGACGCCAACGAGCGGAAGAAGACGGGCGAUGCGGGAAAACGCGUCAUGAUGUACAUACAUGGUGGCGCCUAUUUCUUCGGAAGCGUGGACGAGCAUCGGUACCAGAUGCAGCGGCACGCCCGCAAGCUCAAGGCAAGAGUCUUCGCCCCCAAGUACCGGCUCGCACCGCAGUUCCCAUUCCCUUGCGGCCUGCAGGAUUGUCUGGCGGCCUACCUUCACCUCCUGCAAACCCAACACCCGAGCACCAUUGUCCUCGCCGGCGAUUCGGCCGGCGGCGGCAUGGUCGUCUCGCUUCUCUGCGUCUUGCGCGACCAGGGCGUUCCUCUCCCCGCCGGCGCCAUUCUCAUCAGUCCCUGGGUCGACUUGACGCACUCUUUUCCCAGCCUGUCGGCCGAUGCUCCCCUGGACUACAUACCUCAGUCGGGCUUCCAUCAUAAGCCAUCGCGAGCGUGGCCACCGCUCGACGACGCAGCCAUUGCCCAGCUUCGAGAGGAGGCUGCGAAAAGGAAGCUAGGUGUUGAUGCCAAGAAGCCUGCCGGCGCCGACACGGUCGAAAAACGGCAACUGCCGUCCAUUGCGACGAGUGAGAAGACGGUUGAAGUGAAAGGCGACAACGGCGAGAUGAAGUCGGAUACCGAAGGGCACCUUUCCAUCAUGAUGGACGGCGAGCUCGUCACCAUCAAAGAUCAGAUACAUAUGUACACUACGAACGCUCUCCUCACGCACCCGCUGGUCAGCCCCGUGAUGCAACCGACUCUCGGCGGAUUGCCGCCGGUGCUCGUCAUGGUCGGCGGUGGCGAGAUUUUGCGUGACGAGCAAAUUUUUCUGGCCCAUAAGUUUGCGAACCCUGCCAAGUAUGCUCCGUCAGCCGAUAUCAUGACGGAUCGAGGGCGAGAGCUUCUCCAAAAGUACUGUCCGACCGACGUUCAACUUCAAGUCUGGGACGGCCUAUGCCAUGUAGCCCCGACACUCAGCUUCACCCGACCCGCAAAGUACAUGUUUCGCUCCGUUUCCCAGUUCGGCGCCUGGGCCUUUGCUCGAGCGCAGAAGACGGGAAUCGAGAUCAUGGAUGACGACGCCAUAUCCGUCAUUUCGACCGAAUCGGACACCGACAUUUCGGCGGCGAAGCAGGGAAAACAAAAGUCUUCCGUGCCAGCUCAAGUGGGAAAAGCGGGCGAUCCUCUACCACCGUUCCGGAAGCACAUGAUUCGGCAAAGAGUCACGCGCCAUGGCAUGACUCUUCCUCUUGCACCGGAGUCGGACCUUCCCGGCUGCUGCAUGGAGUCGGCCUCUGUCUGCGUCAUCAAGGAAGAGCCGGUCAAGAAAUGGAUGGCGAUGAAGCGGCAGUGGGAUGACAAUUAUUCCUCCGCCACGGCCAAGGUGCACCGGAAGAUUGUCAAAGAUCUCACCAUCGGGCUGCGGGAGCUGUAUCCCGAUGAGCAUCCGCCGCCGACCGCGUUGGCCGGUAGAGUGCGGAUCGAGUCCGAGCUGGCCGUGGGAAAGAACAAGAGGAGUCUCGGCUUAGCAUUUUGGUCGCUUCUGGGUUCCAAGCACGACGAGGCUACCGUCGAGCGAGAAAAGCAGGCAGGUCGAGAGCCAGACGUCCUGGCGGUAACAGGUGACGAGGGGCAAGGCGCAAGGCCCUUUGCCGACAUCGAGGCACAGAAGCCUGCGUUGGCAUCGGCCGAUGCCGAAAGUCAAAAUCACUCCGAGUGUCGGACCGUGAUUGAGGAACAGCCGACUGAUGGAGACGUUGACGAAACGCCCAUCGCCGCCCUCCUAGCCGAGCGCCGCGCCAGGGAGGACUCUGGCGUCGGCCUCGGCCCCAACUACGUACCCAAGACCGGCGUAGCAGGGAAGCGACCGAUACUGGACGGCAUUGCCCUGCCGUUUAGCCUGAAGAAGGACGCGGAAACGGCGAGCAUGCUGACGCUGAACUCGGCCGUGAGCCCGGGGCCGAACUCACCCCCGAUGACCCCUCUGGGGCCGCAGUUCCAUGUCACGGGACCACUGAAGGCUGAAGCAGCCGUCAAGACGGAGCAGGAGCAGCGGGAGAAGCCGGCAGUGCUACCAGAGGUGCCGACGAUCGUCGCGCCGGACUCUGUCACCGAGCGAGAUGAUGAAUCGAGAUCCAACACGGGCCCUACACAUCCGGCAGCUUCCUGGGAGGCCUCUGGGACCGCCAGUUGGUGGCCCUUUGCGCCGUAG